AUGGCCUCCGCAGCCGCAUUGGAUCCCGUUAAGACGGCACUGCUUUCCAAUCCCAUCGCUAGCGUUUUAGGAGAUGCCCUCAACUCAUUCAAUGAGCGAAGGGCCAAAUUAGGCCUCUCCAACCCAGGAACUAUCGAGAGUCUGGCCAAGGAGGUUCAGCGCGAUGUAUUCCUCAACAAUUAUAUGUUCACCGGAAUGCGUGCCGAUCUCACCAAGAUCUUCAGCAUGGCCCCUCUCUUCCAGGUUUCCCACCAAUUCGCCAUGGGAGAGCGCAUUAACCCCUACACAUUUGCUGCGAUGUACGGAACAGGCAAGGUCUUCUGCCAAGGCAAUAUGGAUAACGAGGGUUCUCUCUCCGGUCGAUUCAACUGGAGAUGGUCCGACAAAUUUGUUUCCAAGUCUCAGCUCUCCAUUUCUCCUGGUGGUCAGGAUAUGGCGCAGUUCGAGCACGAGUAUACUGGCAACGAUUUCAGCGCAUCCCUGAAGAUGCUGAACCCUUCUUACCUUGAGGGUGGUGUGACUGGCAUCUAUAUUGGAAGCUACCUCCAGUCUGUUACUCCUAAGCUUGCCCUGGGUCUUGAAACUCUCUGGCAGCGACCUGCUCUCGCCCAAGGCCCCGAGUGCGCUGUCUCCUAUGCUGCCCGGUACAAGUCCGCAGACUGGAUCGCUACCGCUCAGCUCCAAGCUGCUAUGGGCACCCUCAGCACCUCUUACUGGCGACGACUCUCGGACAAGGUUCAGGCCGGUGUUGAUUUGAGCCUCGGUCUCGUUCCCUCUGCCGGCGGCCUCAUGGGCGGUGGCCUUCAGAAGGAGGGCGUCACCACCAUUGGUGCCAAGUAUGAUUUCCGCAUGUCUACGUUCCGAGCUCAGGUGGACUCCAAGGGCAAGCUUAGCUGCGUUCUGGAAAAGCGUGUCGCACCGCCCGUGAUGAUGACAUUUGCUGCUGAUAUUGAUCACUUCACGCAUCAAGCUAAGAUUGGGUUGGGUGUCUCCAUUGAGGCAGCCCCUGAGGAGCUCCAAGAACAACAGGAGUCUCUUGGCUCCCAGCCUCCCCCUAACAUUCCCUUUUAA